CUCAAAAGCCAUUAACAGAGUACAGCGAACUGUCAGCCUUCGCUUUUGCUCUACCUUUGAAGGAUCGUUGGACUCUCUCUCUCUCUCUCUCUCUCUAGAAGGAUCGUUGGACUCUCUCUCUCUCUCUCCCUCUCUCUCUCUCUACUUUUCUCCAAUCGCUUCUUUGAAGGUGAAUUAAUUCGGCAGAGGCACUGCGAUCAGAACUUGUGCUCCAAGCUCGCAAUGUUAUUUCGUUGAGGAAAAUAAGCACAUCCAUUAGUGGAACAGUCAUGGAGGUGUCUUUUGCUUGGCUGCUCAAUGUUCAGAAACCAUGUGCUAUCAAAUGGGUUUGGAUUUUGCUGUUACUCUUGCUGCAGAAUAGCAGAGGAAUAAUCUCAGCUUCAAAUUACUUGGUUGGGCUUGGAAGCUAUGACAUCACGGGACCUGCUGCUGAUGUCAAUAUGAUGGGGUAUGCUAACACUGACCAGAUAGCAUCUGGUGUUCACUUCAGGCUGCGAGCACGGGCAUUUAUUGUUGCAGAGCCACAGGGUAACAGUGCAGUAUUUGUAAAUCUUGAUGCUUGCAUGGCCUCUCAACUCGUGACAAUUAAAGUUCUUGAGAGGUUGAAGGCAAGAUAUGGGAACCUAUAUACUGAAAAAAAUGUUGCUAUUAGUGGAAUUCACACCCAUGCUGGCCCUGGUGGUUAUCUACAGUAUGUUGUGUACAUUGUAACAUCUCUUGGUUUUGUGCGCCAGUCAUUUGAUGUCAUUGUUGAGGGCAUUGAGAAAAGCAUCAUUCAAGCUCAUGAAAAUCUUAGGCCAGGUUCAAUCUUGGUGAAUAGAGGAGAGCUUCUAGAUGCUGGUAUUAACCGUAGCCCUAGUGCUUAUCUUAAUAAUCCUGCAGCGGAACGUAGUAAAUUCAAGUUUGAUGUUGACAAAGAAAUGACACUUAUAAAGUUUGUGGAUAAUGAGUGGGGCCCAAUUGGUAGCUUUAAUUGGUUUGCAACUCAUGGAACUUCUAUGAGUCGUACAAAUUCAUUGAUAAGUGGAGACAACAAAGGAGCUGCUGCACGAUUUAUGGAAGACUGGUUUAACAGGAAAGGCGUUGAAAAUGUAUCUUCUGCUAAUCUUGAAUCCAAUGAAAUGCCUCGAAGAGUCUCAAACAUAAUUCCUGUUGCUCACAGAAACCACCAUGGGUUGCUGGAGCUUGCUGCCUCUUUUCAAUCUUCUUCUGGUAAACGAGCGACCAGGCUUCUAAGUGUUGCAAGACGUGUCAGAAGUGCUCUCAGGCAGGCCAAUAAGCCUAGUUUUGUAUCUGCAUUUUGUCAGUCGAACUGUGGUGAUGUUAGUCCAAAUGUGCUUGGUGCAUUCUGCAUAGAUACUGGGCUACCUUGUGACUUCAAUCACAGCACUUGUGGUGGAAAGAAUGAAUUAUGCUAUGGUCGAGGACCAGGUUACCCUGAUGAAUUUGAGAGUACUCGUAUAAUUGGAGAAAGGCAAUUCAAGAAAGCUUUAGAGCUUUUCAAUAAAGCAUCUGAGGAGUUGAAAGGGAAGGUUGACUAUCGUCAUUCUUAUGUGGACUUCUCCAAACUUGGAGUGACUCUUCCUAAAGAAGGAGGUAAUGAAGUGGUCAAAACGUGCCCUGCUGCAAUGGGGUUUGCAUUUGCUGCAGGUACCACUGAUGGACCUGGAGCUUUUGACUUUAAGCAAGGGGAUAAUGAGGGGAAUCCUUUUUGGAAGUUGGUUCGCAACUUGCUUAAAACACCAGACAAGGAGCAAAUAGAUUGUCAACAGCCAAAACCCAUUUUGCUCGAUACUGGUGAAAUGAAUAAGCCUUAUCAUUGGGCACCUGCAAUACUUCCAAUUCAAAUAAUCCGGGUGGGGCAGCUAGUUGUUCUGUGUGUCCCUGGAGAAUUUACAACAAUGGCUGGUAGACGUCUCCGAGAAGCUGUGAAAACAGUGCUUACGAGCAGAGGACACGGAGAAUUUGGUGCGAACACUCAUGUUGUGAUAGCCGGGCUGACUAAUACUUAUUCACAAUACGUGACUACCUUUGAGGAGUACGAGGUCCAAAGAUACGAGGGUGCCUCCACGCUAUACGGCCCCCACACGCUUGCUGCCUACAUUCAGGAGUUCAAGAAGCUCGCCACAGCCCUGAUCACUGGUCAGUCGGUUGAACCAGGCCCGCAGCCUCCUGACCUACUCGACAAGCAAAUAAGCUUAUUGACCCCGGUGGUUAUGGACUCGACCCCUCCUGGCGUGAAAUUCGGGGACGUCAGUUCUGAUGUCCGUCAAAACUCUACCUUCAAGAGAGGCGAGAUGGUAACCAUCACCUUCUGGUCGGCUUGUCCCAGAAACGACCUCAUGACGGAAGGGACAUUCGCUCUAGUGGAGAUCCUCCAAGGAAAGGAUAACUGGGUUUCGGCUUAUGAUGACGAUGAUUUCUGCCUCCGGUUCAAGUGGUCGCGGCCGUUCAAACUCAGUUCUCGGAGUCGAGCAACCAUAGAGUGGCGAAUCCCCCAAUCGGCUACUCCAGGUGUAUACAGGAUAAGGCAUUUUGGCGCUUCAAAGGGCCUUCUGGGUUCAAUUCACCAUUUUACUGGUUCAUCUAGUGCCUUUGUUGUUGUAUAAGAAACACAUUGAUUUCCUCCACUUCCCUUUUAAUUUUACUGGUUAAUUGUUACUUGAAACCCACACUGUUUGAAUAUCGUCCUCUUCUUUAAAAAAAAAUAAAAAGGGAAGAAAGGAGUGAACUAAACCAUUUUUAUCUCUAUUAGGUUUGUACAUCUAACUUCCACUCAGAAAUUCGAGCAGAUUUGGAUGUUUUUCUUUUCA